CAACUCGAGCAACUAGUUGCUGUAGCACGGUCACGUUGCUCGUUUUGUAUAAUUUAAUUUUUUCGAACUUGUGGGCGAUAAUUUACGCAUAAAUUAUAGGAUCACACGUGGCAUCAGCAGCUUCGCAAGCGUUUUGCUAGUGUUAACAGGAGAGCUAGAAGCCAACAUGAAACUCAGAGUUCCCGAAGAGAAUUUGCGCCACAUAGGAAGAGUGCUUAACGAUUCCCAGCGACCAUUGAAAGAACGCUUUAGGGCCCUCUUCACCCUCAAAAAUCUAGAAGGUGGAGUCUCAUAUAUCGGCGAAGGAUUUAAGGAUAAAUCAGCGUUACUACUUCAUGAACUUGCAUACUGUUUGGGUCAAACACAAGAUCCUUCAGCGAUUCCUGUGCUCAUCAGGGUACUCGAAGACCAGGGGAUGGAACCCAUAGUGAGGCAUGAGGCUGGCGAAGCACUCGGCGCUCUCGGAUGCCAGAAGGGUGUGCCCGUUCUGCUGAAAUACGAAAAUGACCCAAACCCAGUAAUCGCAGAGACGUGCCAGCUGGCUCUGAAAAGGCUCCAGUUUGUAGAGACCGAAGAAUAUGUGGCUCUUCAGGAUGAACUAAAGCUGCUGCCCUACAAGUCAAUAGACCCGGCACCACCUUUUCGCAAAAAUUCUUUAAGUGUGGGGGAACUUAAAAAUAUUUUGCUUGAUAGCAAGCAAUCACUUUGGAGCAGAUAUCGAACGAUGUUCUCUUUGCGUAAUCUUGGGACCCCAGAUGCAAUAUGUAUACUAGGAGAAGCUCUUUUUUGCCCUUCUAGCGCGCUACUUCGCCAUGAAGUUGCAUACGUGUUUGGCCAGAUGCAAAACAAAGGUUCAAUCCCAUUCCUUCAACGUUGUUUAGAGAACACUCGUGAACUGGCAAUGGUACGUCACGAGUGUGCUGAAGCUCUGGGUAGCAUUGCUUCCGAGACAUGCUUGGCUAUAUUGCAGCGAUUUCUAGACGAUCCUGAAGACGUCGUCCGUGAAAGCUGCGAAGUAGCACUAGAUAUGUGCGAGUACGAAAAUUCAACGGAGUUUCAAUAUGCCGACACUUUAGCUAAACGGCAAAACUAAAAUAUCGUAAUGGUACGUUACGUAGAGAAGUUCUUAUUGACAAGAUAUUUUUGGACAUCGAAGUCGAAGAUUACGCUCCUGUAGAAUAUGAAACACAAAUACUUGGGGACUGAUUCGAAAUUACUUAGUGGUAAUUUUUCUCCGAACUUGAAUAGUUAUAUCCUAUGAAGGAAAGUAACAAGUUAUCAAUAGCACGCCACGUAAGACAGUUCGCUGGACCAUGAUAUCAAAUAUCCUCGGGAAAAAGUUAAUAGAAAAAUAGUUAAUAAUAAAUCAUGCAGUCACUUUUUGA